AUGGAGAUCACGGAAGGACGAUUCCGUGUCUCCUUUCUAUCUAUUCUUCUUCUUUUAUCUGCAUCUCCUUUAAUCUCAGCUGCUGAUUACUCUCCUACCGACAAAAUCCUCUUGAAUUGCGGUGCUUCUUCUGAUUCAAACGACACAGAUAACCGUAUAUGGAUUCCCGAUGUCAAAUCCAAGUUCUUGUCUUCCUCCGGAGAUUCAAAGACAUCUCCGGCCGCGACACAAGAUCCUUCCGUUCCCGAAGUUCCUUACAUGACGGCUCGGGUUUUCCGAUCUGCUUUCACGUAUUCUUUCCCUGUAGGAGCAGGUCGUAAGUUUGUGCGUCUUCACUUUUACCCCAAUUCCUACGAUGGUCUCAAUGCGACGAACGGACUCUUCUCUGUCUCCUCUGGCUCUUACACUCUCCUCAAGAACUUCAGUGCUGCUCAGACUGCAGAGGCGUUGACUUACGCUUUCAUCCUUAAGGAGUUUAUUGUGAAUGUUGAUGGUGGAACAUUGAACAUGACUUUCACACCGGAAUCAAGUCCUUCUAAUGCGUAUGCGUUUGUGAAUGGGAUUGAGGUUACUUCAAUGCCUGAUAUUUAUAGCAGCACAGAUGGGACUUUGACCAUGGUUGGAUCUUCUACUUCCGUUAGUAUCGAUAACAGUACCGCUCUUGAGAAUGUUUAUAGGCUCAAUGUUGGAGGGAAUGAUAUCUCGCCUUCUGCUGAUACGGGUCUUUACAGAUCGUGGUAUGAUGAUCAGCCUUAUAUUUUUGGUGCAGGCCUUGGAAUUCCGGAGUCUGCUGAUCCGAAUAUGACCAUUCGGUAUCCUACUGGGACUCCUACGUAUGUUGCUCCUGUGGAUGUUUAUUCAACCGCUAGGUCGAUGGGUCCGACUGCUCAGAUCAAUCUCAACUCCAAUCUGACUUGGAUUUUCAGCAUUGACUCUGGUUUCACUUACCUCGUCAGGCUUCAUUUCUGUGAGGUUGCUGAGAAUAUCACCAAGAUCAACCAACGGGUGUUUACAAUCUACCUAAACAAUCAAACAGCUGAGCCUGCAGCUGAUGUGAUUGCGUGGACAAAUGGAAACGGGAUUGCGUUUCACAAGGAUUACGUGGUGAAUCCUCCAGAAGGGAAGGGACAACAAGAUCUGUGGCUUGCUCUUCAUCCAAACCAGAUUAGCAAGCCGGAAUAUUAUGAUGCUCUUCUUAAUGGAGUAGAGAUAUUCAAGAUGAAUACUUCGGAUGGUAAUCUGGCAGGUCCCAAUCCUAUACCUGGUCCACAGGUGACUGCGGAUCCAACCAAAGUCCUACGCCUGCCUACUGGUCAAACCAAGAACCAUACGGCUAUUGUUGCAGGCGCAGCCAGUGGUGCGGUGGUUUUGGCCCUUAUCGUCGGUUUCUGUGUACUGGCUGCUUACCGCAGGCGUAAACGUGGGGAUUACCAGCCUGCAAGUGAUGCAACAUCAGGGUGGCUUCCACUGUCUCUGUAUGGAAACUCACAUUCUGCUGGCUCAGCAAAGACAAACACAACAGGAAGUUAUGCCUCAUCCCUUCCGUCAAAUCUGUGCCGUCACUUUUCGUUUGCUGAGAUCAAAGCAGCCACCAAAAACUUUGAUGAGUCCCGGGUGCUUGGUGUUGGAGGUUUCGGAAAGGUUUACAGAGGAGAAAUUGAUGGUGGAACUACAAAGGUAGCCAUCAAGCGAGGUAACCCAAUGUCUGAGCAAGGUGUACACGAGUUCCAGACCGAGAUUGAAAUGCUAUCAAAGCUUAGACAUCGUCACCUUGUGUCGUUGAUUGGAUACUGUGAAGAGAACUGCGAAAUGAUCCUAGUGUAUGAUUACAUGGCUCAUGGAACAAUGCGCGAGCAUCUCUACAAAACCCAGAAUUCUCCUCUUCCCUGGAAGCAGCGUCUUGAAAUAUGCAUCGGGGCAGCCCGGGGCUUGCACUAUCUACACACGGGUGCAAAACACACGAUUAUCCACAGAGAUGUGAAGACAACAAACAUUCUACUGGAUGAGAAAUGGGUGGCCAAGGUCUCUGACUUCGGGUUAUCAAAGACUGGUCCUACACUAGACCACACACAUGUAAGCACUGUCGUGAAAGGAAGUUUCGGUUAUCUUGACCCAGAGUACUUCAGACGGCAGCAACUGACUGAGAAAUCCGAUGUCUACUCCUUUGGCGUCGUUCUCUUCGAAGCCCUAUGCGCACGGCCAGCCUUGAACCCGACACUGGCUAAGGAACAAGUGAGCUUAGCUGAAUGGGCACCAUACUGCUACAAGAAAGGCAUGCUUGAUCAGAUCGUUGAUCCGUAUCUCAAGGGCAAAAUCACGCCAGAAUGCUUCAAAAAGUUUGCUGAAACCGCGAUGAAGUGUGUGCUAGACCAGGGCAUCGAGAGACCAUCGAUGGGAGAUGUUCUAUGGAACUUGGAAUUCGCCUUGCAGCUUCAGGAAAGCGCAGAGGAGAGCGGGAAAGGAGUAUGCAGUGACAUGGACAUGGAUGAGAUUAAGUACGACGAUGGAAACUGUAAAGGGAAGAACAACGACAAGAGUUCUGAUGCGUAUGAAGGGACCGUGACGGACUCGAGGAGCAGCGGAAUAGACAUGAGCAUCGGUGGUCGGAGUUUGGCCAGCGAAGAUUCAGAUGGACUCACUCCAAGUGCUGUGUUUUCUCAGAUCAUGAAUCCUAAGGGACGUUAG